AUGCUUCGUCCAGAUGCUGCCCAAGCAACCAUCACGAGCAUCGCUGUCACGAAGCAGACUGUGACUAGUGAGCGCACUGCUGGGGCCAGUCACCGGCGCCGCAAGCAGGAUGCCAACUUCCUGUGCCCAGUGCCUGGGUGUGGCAGCACGUUUACGAGGAGCUUUAAUUUGAAAGGCCAUAUGCGUUCUCACAACGAAGAGCGACCAUUCCAGUGCAAGUGGCCGGGAUGCGGUAAAGGGUUUGCAAGGCAGCACGAUUGCAAGCGACAUGAACAGCUUCAUUCGAACUAUCGUCCUUUCACGUGCGAUGGUUGCAAUAAGACCUUUGCGCGGAUGGAUGCCCUGAACAGACAUUGUAAGUGCUGUGCCUUCUGCAUGCAACAUACAUCGCUGAUCGAAUGUUGUAUAGUACGUUCUGAAGGCGGUGCUGACUGUCAGAGAAUUCUCGACGCUGCAAAGCAAGAGCCUGACCGUGGCCCAGUACCCAAGACCGAGGAAAGUGGGUGGACUAGCAUGAGCGUCAUGGUAUAA